GUCUACAGUUCAACUCGUCUUGAGUUCUUCUGGGCACUUGGAUAACUGAUUUACAACCUGCUUUUAUAUCCUUUGGUUGAUGUUUACCUGGACAUGCCCUGGAUUUAAGACGCAUGCAGCAGAUUAUAAGAAGUGUUGAACAGCAAUAACCAGAUCUAGAGCAAGUUUAAAAAAAAGUUUUAUUUAUUUUUGGCCUGGAAGAUUUCCUUACAGUUCCAGACAUUUUUUUCCCCUGAGGGGGCUAAGGGAAAUCAGAGUUGGUUUGCCCUGCCUUUUAAUAAAGAACUUUGGAGCAGCAGUAAGAGCUGGGAAUAGACACAGGGAACAGAGAGAGAAAAACCUGGAAAGAAAAGGAAAAAUGGAUGUGACACCAAAUGGAACUAACCAAGUCAACCCCAUCUGUAGAAACAGACAAGCUCCCUACUCUUAUGAGAUCAUCCAGAAUCUUGACACUACGGGGAUACUGCUGUUUGCUCUUUUAACACUGAUGACAGUAUUUGCCUUUCUGGUGUUCUUAGAAGAAUCCUAUUACAUGUAUAGGAAAAUUUCAGGCCCCAAAAAGUCCAUAAUGAUUUGGAUAAAUGCAGGAGCUCCGAUCAUAGCAAUAACUUCUUGUGUUGGAAUGUGGAUUCCUCGUAGUACAAUGUUUACUGACUUCACAGCAUCUGUGUUUCUUGCUGUGUUCAUACACAAAUUUCAGCAGAUGCUGGUAAGCGAAUGUGGAGGCAAAAAAGAAUUCCUCAAGAAGUUUGGAGAUAAGAAGCUACAGAUUAGCACGGGUCCGUUUUGCUGCUGCUGUGUAUGUCUGCCGCAGAAAGACAUCAACAGUCGUACUUUAUUGAUCCUGAAGCUAGGGACCUUUCAAUUUGCUUUCCUGCGGCCCGUUCUUAUGUUUCUGUCUGUAGUUCUCUGGACCAAUGGAACGUACAUCCUAGGCAGCUCGUCAGUGGAUGGCGCCACAAUGUGGAUUAACCUUACCCUCGCUAUCAUCACAAUCACAGCACUUUGGGCAGUGGGAAUUAUGUUUAAUCUGGUCAGGCCUACUUUAACAGACAAGAAUAUAAUUCCCAAGUUUGCAGUGUACCAGUUUAUAGUCAUUCUGAGUCAGCUCCAGACAUCCAUUAUGAAUAUACUUGCAACUGUUGGGGUAAUCUCCUGUGUCCCACCACUUCCAGGCCCAUCUAGAGCUUCAUACAUGAACCAACAGCUUCUUAUAAUGGAAAUGUUCCUCACUACAAUGCUGUGCCGAAUGCUCUACCGGCGAAAAUAUGAUACACCGGCAACUGACGAAGAAAUUAAAGAUAAUGUACAAAACAGUACAUUGGAUUUAAACGGCAAAGCUUUGGAAGAAAAACUACAAUAUGUUUAGAGAGUGUUGGCCAAAAUGAAAUUCUCUGAGGAACAUUCUGUGUAAAUGUAUCAGCAAGUGAUGUCUUAACAUGUACAUUAAUGUGGGCCUUUAACUUUUUAUUUCAUAAGCCUAAUACGGAAUUAUAAAUGAACAUCAUUGUAAAUAAAAAAAAAAAACAUUUUGCUUAUACAUAGCCAGUUUUCCACCUUUUUAAAAAUGUUGGGGGGGGAGCAUUGAGUGACACCAGAGUUCCUGUGUCUUGGGCUGUGUGUUAUUCAAAUCUUACCAUGAAUGUUCACGGAUACAAAUACAUGUUGGGAGCCAUUGAGCGACACCAGAAUUUUUGUACUUUGUGUGUGAGGUAUGCAAGACAAAUCUUGUAAAAGAAGGUCUGUGGGAUUUCUGGUACUAGGUCACUGUCUGAAUGGUUAGCAAAUAUCAAUUUAUAAAAAUUUUAUCUUGUCUUUACUAUUGCAAAUAACCAGUCUCUCCACACCCAGAAACAGAUAUUUAAAACAGCUGUUUGUUUAUAGCAAUUUUCACAUUAAAUCAUAAUCUUAGCAGAAUACAGUAAAUUACUGAUAAGCUUUUUAAUAUGCAUCACAUACGGUAAUUUUCUUUAAAUUUAUAAUUGAUACUCAAUGUAGAUUGGCUAAUUAAAUCAUCCCAUAUACAGAUAUAUUGUGCCUAUAAUGGAACCACGUUCAUAUUUAUUGUUGAUUAUGACCAGUAAUUAGUUAAAUUAAGAAUGUGAACAUGUAUUUAUAUUUCAUAAAACUCUAAUGUAACAUUUAUUUUUAAGCCACUUUCAGACAAAUGAUCAAUCGCGUUGAAUAGUAUUAUUGUCUAUUUGAACUAAAGAUCCAUUCAUAUGAAGAACUGAAAUUGUUCUGAUAGGCUAAAAGCCUAAAGUCAUUUUCAAUAAUUAAAUGAUAUUUAUAGUAUCCCUUUAGUGUUGAGAAGGGUCAUUGUGUCUUGACAUGGGUUUAUGAAUAACCUAUUUUACUUUAUACUUGGGGUCAGCAGCAACUUGUACAAUAAAGAAGCCUAAUAAACUGCUAUUAUUAACUUAUUGCUUUGAAA